AGGAGCCACGUCCUCCCGGCUGUUGCCUGGUGAAUGAGUUAGACGGCGGCCGACCGUCGGUGGUUCAGUUAGACGGGCAGCCGGCGAUGUUGACGCCGGUGGUUGGGGCAUGGCUGGCGGCCUGGGCUCUGCUGUUGAGUUGCGUGCCCUGCUGCCUGAGCUGGGACACGGCCGAGAUGGAGCUCUUCGAUCUGGUGGAGGAAGUGCAGGAGAACUUUUAUCGCUUCCUUGGAGUGGAGCAGGAUGCUUCAUCCGCAGACAUCAGGAAAGCUUAUCGGAAAAUGUCUUUGAUCUUGCACCCUGACAAGAACAAAGAUGAAAAUGCAGAAAUUCAAUUUAGACAGUUAGUGGCUAUCUAUGAAGUUCUGAAGGAUGAAGAGAAAAGACAAAGGUAUAAUGAGGUUUUGGAAAAGGGAUUGCCAGAUUGGCGACAGCCUGUUUUCUACUAUCGGAGAGUGAGGAAGAUGAGUAAUGUGGAACUUUCAUUGCUGCUUUUCAUUAUUCUGACUGUGGGCCAUUAUGCUGUGGUUUGGUCAAUUUACUUUGAGAAACAAUUGGAUGACCUUCUAAGCAAAAAGAAGCGAGAGAAAAAGAAAAAAACAAGUGGUAAGACAGAUGAAGGGAAAGCUGGUGUUCCUGAGAAAAAUGAGAGAUCUAUUGAGAAGCCUCAUUGGCAGGACCUGUUGCCUUGCAAGAUAGGAAUCUGUUUUUAUUUCAUACUGAAGUCAUUACCACAGUGCUGUCAGGCUAUUAAAGACUUUUAUCUGGAAUGGAAAGCACUGAAAGUAAAGGAACAAGAAGAUGCAGAGACCCAAGCUCAGUUUGAAGCUAUGCAGAAAGAAAAAAGGCCAAAAGUAAAGAAACCAAAAUCUGAGUUCCCAGUGUAUACAACCCCUAAUUCUGGAGGUAGUGCCUAUGUACCAUUACAUGAGGAAGCUUCUACUAUUGAGGAGAUUGAGGAACAAAUGGCUGACUGGCUGGAUAGCAGACCCAGAGGGCAGAAGAAGGCACCUCAGUGGACAGAAGAGGACCUCAGCCAGCUGACAAGAAGUAUGGUUAAGUUCCCAGGGGGUACUCCAGGUCGAUGGGAAAAGAUUGCUCACGAAUUGGGUCGAUCAGUGGCAGAUGUUACAACAAAAGCUAAACAAAUCAAGGAUUUUGUUUCAACCACACCAGGAACAGUAAAACUAUUUGAACUGAAGUCUGCAUCUCAGACUUUAAAGAGUGCUAAACGUGAAACAGCUCUACCUGACCAUAUAAUUACUAAAAGGGAUGAGGAGGUUGAAGAAGAACACAAUGAAGGGUUUGAAAAUGAGGAUGAUCCAAGUAACUACACUGAUAGACUGACCACAGAAACCAAGCCUCGGAAACGGAAAACUGCUAAAACACCAGAGCAAACCUUUGUGGUCCAAGAAGAAACUGAACAGAAACAUAAAGGAAAGCGUCAGAGGGACUUUGAUAAUACAGAACUGGAUGAUGAUGAGAGUGAUGAGGAGAAGAAAAGGAAAGGGAGAGUUCGAUCUUCAGAAGAAAUUGCUGAAAUGUGGAACCAAAAUCAACAAAAAUUGCUUGAACUAGCCUUACAGCAGUAUCCAAAGGGGACUUCAGAACGCUGGGACAAAAUAGCAAAAUGUGUGCCAGGAAAAACAAAGGAAGAAUGCAUAGUCAGAUACAAACUGUUGGCUGAACUUGUUAUGAAGAGGAAACAAGCCAAAAGCUGACUGAAAAUGGUACUUACGAGCACUAGUGUCUCUCUGGAAGCAGUAAUGCGCUAUGGACAAAUCUCUUGUGUAAACCUGGACCCGAGUUGUAUAUGACUUACCUCACCUUUUGUUUAUGCCAAUGUCAUGUGCCUUAGUUUAAAAAAGAAUCAAUGUGCCACCAUCUCGUACAGAAUAUUUGGGACAUAUUUUAAGUGUAUACAAUGCAUGUAUACAUGGAUAGUUUUAAAUUUUCUCAUAAAGUAAUUUUCUGUACUCCACUUUGUCAUUUCUUUAUAUAUCAGUGAUAAGUUUGCAUUUCUUUCCUUUGCAGAUUGUUGAUAAUGAUUUCUUACAUUUUUAAUUGAUUAGUUACUUUUUGUGUAGUAAAGCAAAACAGGAUGUUUUAAAUCGCAGUAAAAUUCAACUGCAAAUUAAGAUCUUAAGGAAUUCAGCUUGAAAUGACAAUUUUUGAUUUUGCUGUCUUUUCAUCCCCAUCUCUCUUGAAUAAUGAUGUGUCAUUCCAAGGAACCUGUCAGCCUUCGUCCAAGUGGUCAACUUUUUUAUACAUGAACCAAGCCAAAGUGUUGCGUUUAUCAUAGCUGAACCAGGGUAAGACCUGUACUUGGUUAAUGUUGCACACAAGUGCUUCUAUUCCAUGGGAAGUAAUCAAAAUUGAAAUUCUGGCUGACUUCUGACUUCAUCUGAAAGAUACUAGUGCCAAUUUAAGCACCAGUUGAGACUGGAGCUUAAGUGAUGUUGGGUGAUCUAACUCGAGCUUGCUAAUGUCACACCAUUUGUUGUCCCUUCCUGCUCAGCCUUGUCCAAUCAAUUAGCUUUUAAUCCUGAGUUUCUAAAGUUAAAGAGGAUUUGUCAAGGAGUUCAGAAUGCUGCAUUACUUUCAGCAAUCUGUGCAUUAGUGUUAAGUUAAUAUAUAGCAAAACUAGCAUUAGCAAUAGACAGAGAGAAACUUGUGAUGUGUGAAUGGUGUAGAAACUUUCAAUGGUACUUUGUUCUGAAGUCACAAACAUACUUCCAGUUGGAAAAAAUGUGAAAUCGUUAUCAAGUUUUCCUAAAUUUUAGUUUAUGCCAAGCCGUUUGCUAAUAUUUAUAUUGAUUUUAUCCUUUUUUCAAAUCAAGGCUUCAUGUGGCCAAAGGCUAGCAUUUAAAUGAAUCAGUCUAUUCUCAAAUGAGUUAUGAAAUUUAAGUUUCAAAAUAGUUGCUUGCUAUGGAUAGUAUAUAGCACAAGUCUCCCCUUAGAAUACCUUUUUUCCCUACCUUCUGUAAUGCAUAGAACAUUCGGUCCCCAGUAAACUCAUUUUUAACAUUUACAAUUAUAUGCAGUAAAAAAAAAGCUACCAGUGCUUAAUAUUGCUAUUACCACAUUUGUUUUGGUAUGAGCCUGGUAUAAUUUUCAAAUCUCUGUUGCAUCCCCAUUUGAUUAAAUGAUUCUGAUACAAAUGUUAUCUCUUUAACUUGCAUUUUCAUACUGACAUUUAGUGCCUCUGCCCCUGUGAUCUGUGUUCAAGACCAGUGAAUGUAGAAGACAUUGGGAAGACAAUGAUGCAAAUAAACCAUGGCAUUGUAGAUGUGCAGUGUCAUAUGUGGUCUCCUGCACCCAUGUCCUUUAAAGCUCUGGAA